AUGCCGCUGCUGCGUGCCGCCUUUGCUCUCCGUCCUCUACUGCGCCCGCCUCACACCACACCACAUCUUUCCCGCCGCGCCCUUGCGCCUUCCGCGCGCCUCAGCUCGUCAGCCAUGCUUGCCCUCGGCGGGCCUCCCCGCCUUCUCCCCUCCCCACCACCCGCCUCGGGCAAAGCCCUGUCCCCUGCCCCGAUGCUCCACGCGCCCACCGCGCUCGGCGCUGCUUUACCCACCCAUUCCGCUCUCGCCCCGCAGCCGCGCCUCCUGUCCGCGUCCAUGUCCCUUUCGCUCUCCUCUCCCCUCGGAUCCGCCCGGCCCGCCCAUGCUCUCUCGUCUCUCUCAGCUCUCACCUUCCUCCCCGCGGCCCUCUCUUGCCCCCGCCCGCUUCUUUCCUUCCCCCCAUCCGCUUUCUCCGCCAACCAAUCGGUCCGCGCGUCGAGCACGGCCCCCGAUGCCCCCUCGUCGCCGGAGCUCCUCUCGCCCCUCCAGCGACUGCGCGCGCGACAGCUACUCGAGUCGCUGCGGUCCCCCAAUGACGCGUCCGCGACGCCGUCAAAAUCCACGCGGAAGCCGUCGCGCCAGGGCGAGGCGGUGGACGCGGAGGAGCGGGGAGGGGCGGAAGGCGCGGCGGGGCCCGAGGCGGGGUUUCAGGAGCUAGGGCUGAGCGCGGAGUUGAUCGGCGCAGUGCGCGAGUUGGGGCUGGGCGCGCCCACGGAGAUCCAGCUCCUCGCCAUCCCCGGCGCGCUGAGCGGGCGCGACGUGGUGGUGGCGUCGCACACGGGGUCGGGAAAAACCCUCGCGUACCUGCUGCCCGUCGUGCAGAUGAUGCGCGCGGACGAGGCGGAGGGCGGGCGCAGCGAUCGGUUGAAGCGGCCGCGCGCCAUCGUGCUGUGCCCCACUCGCGAGCUCGCCGAACAGGUUCUGCGCGUAGCCAAGUCGCUGUGCCACCACGCACGCUUCCGUGCAGCCAUGCUGUCAGGAGGGGCGAGCAUAGCGGGGCAGCAGCAGCAGCUGCAGUCGUGGCCCGUGGACCUGCUCAUCGCCACGCCCGGCCGCCUGCUGCAACACAUGGCCGCCUCCUCGCUCUCCCUCUCCCUCGUUAAAUACCUCGUGUUGGACGAGGCGGACACCAUGUUUGACGCGGGCUUUGGGGCGGAUAUCAGGCGUCUGCUCAGGCCGCUCAGGAAUCGGGGCAAAGUAGCGCCAGGGGGAGCAGCCCAGAGGACCUUUCAGACCGUGCUCGUCACCGCCACCAUCACCAAGGCGGUGCAGCGGCUGCUGAACGACGAGUUCCCCGGCAUCACCCAUCUGCACACGGCCUCGCUGCACCGCCGCCUGCCCUCCGCCACGCACCGCUUUGUGCCCGUCUCCGGCUCUGACAGCCGCCCCAACGCCCUGCUGCAGCUGCUGCAGCCGCUGGUGGCAGGGGGCCAGCGGUGCAUGGUGUUCUGCAACACGGUGCAGUCGUGCCGUGCCGUGGACCACUUCCUGUCCGAGGCCAACAUCCUCACCACCAACUACCACGGCCAAGUGCCGCCCGAACACAGCACCUGUGCACUGCUUGGAUCACCUGCUUGCCUACCCGCCAUGCCUUUCCACAUGAACAUUCUCCGCCCACUCUCUCUGUCUCUCCCCCCCCCACACUCGCUCGCCUCUGUUGGUGCGCACAGGGCGGGCAACCUAGAGGCGUUCAGGAGCGGCGGGGCCAUGGGUGGGGAGGACGACCUGGGCAUCGCACCCAUGCUGCCCGACCGCUUCCAAGACAGCGACUCGGACGGCGAGUGGGACGACGAGUACGAGGCAGCAGCAGCAGCAGCAGUGCCGCGCAGCAAGCAGCGGGCGGUGCAGCCAGUGCUGGUGUGCACUGACCUGGCGGCGCGAGGGCUAGACCUGGUGGUGGACCAUGUUAUCAACUUCGACUUCCCCAUGACUCCUGUACCGCCCCCUCCCUCUCACUCACCUCACUCCCCUCACUUUCCUCCGCUUUCUCUCUCCCCUGCGCACCUGGAUGUUGCACUUGCCGUCCCUGUCUGUCUCCCGUGCACCCGAAUCCUGCCGUAUCUGUGA